AUGGGUAAUUGGAAGAAUCGCCCGUCUCGGAGAUGGUACUAUAAUCAAGAUAGACGGCCUCCCAAAUCGUAUUACUAUCAUCAGCCUCCUCCUUAUGAAGAUUAUAUUGAUGAUGGUGUACCUGUAUGGGAAAAGGAGUUCUGUUAUGCUGUUGGUGCAGUACCUUGGCAUAAAGUUGUAGAUGCUAAGAAGUUCUCUUACUCCCAAAGCCAGAUUCUCAAAUGGGAUGACUCAGCCGGUAAAGAGGCAUUUCAUAAUGCUAAAAACCGUUACUGGGCAGUUAUUAAUGGUCUCUCUUGUGACAUACCUCCACCGGAUCCUGAUGCUUGUAUAGAUGAAAUUAAUUGGAACCCUUAUAUUGACCCUGAACUGAUUCGUGAAUUGGAGCAAGAGUAUUAUGCUCCAGUUGAUGAUGAAGAGAUGAACUUUGGUAAUAUGAAGAAAAAGACCAAGAAUAUGUUCUCUGAUCCGCUAGAAGGUUGUAGUAUGAAUCCCGCAGAAGAUGUGGGGAACCGUUGGGAGACUCAGAACUUUGUACUGGGCAGUAGUGCUGCUGUGACUGCUGGAUGUCAAGGCUGGGGAGAUCAGUGGGAUGAUAACUUGAAAGAAUCUAAUGAUUCAAAUAAAGAUGAUAAUAAUCCCUGGGAGAAGGCCCGCCAUCAGGGAGAUGAAGCUGUAGAUGGGAGUGGGGGCUGGCCAGUUGUAGGCGAUGAUUCAUGGGGAUGGAACACUUCUGUCCAUGUUGCUCCACAGUCGAAGGAUUGGGUGAACGGGGGCAAUACUUGGGAGGGCAAUGGUGCAGCUACUGCUGUCCCUUCUAAGGCUGAUGGUUGGGGUGAAUUUGGGGAUGGGUUUUGGGGUCAUAAUGAACAUCAGCCAAGGAAAUGGAACAAUGGUCAGCAACCUAGCGAAUGCAUCUUUCAAGCUAGUGGCACUCUGAAUGAGAGAGGAUGGAGAAAUAAUAGCAGCAGUCAAGCAUGGGCGAGGAAACCAUGGGAUGAAGAUGCUGCCGAGGAAUCCCAAAAAUCCAACUAUAGGAAGACGAACGUUGGUUGUUGGAGAACCUGGAAUAAGGAUUCCUGGAGGAAUGAAGGCGGCAAUCAACAUGGAACAGGAUACAGCAGGACAAUACCUAGGUUUGAUGGGAACUACGAUAAUCGAGCGGGCGGUCACCAUUGGAGGGGUAAGAAGAGGGCAAAUUUUGGUUAUAACUAA